GAGCGGCAAUUCGAACAAGUCUCUCACGCCGUGUGUCGGCAGUCUCGGCCGCCUUCUGGUUCCUCGAAAGCCGGUGAAGUCGAAAGAAUCGCCAUGGAUAAAUCCUUCGUGGACAUGGUUUCGUCACUGGGGAUUGAAUUGGCCCCUCUGAAGCUGCCAUUGGAACGAAGACUGCAGACCUUGGCCGCAAUCUACUUCUCGUUUUCGUUCUUCGGCUUCGGCCUUCUGUCGAUCUCACUAUGCGUGUACAUCUUGUUCUACGCGAGCGUCGUGCCUCGAGUACUACUGUUCGUAUACCUGGUGUGGUACAUAUGGGACAUGAACUCCUGCAUAAGAGGCGGUCGCCGAAGUAAUUGGGUAAGGUCGUGGACGAUCUGGCGUUGGUUCCGAGAUUUCUUCCCCAUCCAUCUGGUCAAAACCGCAGACUUGGAUCCCGAACAAAACUACAUUUUCGGAUACCAUCCUCAUGGCAUCACCUCUGCUGGAGCCUUCAGCAAUUUCGCCACGGAAGCGACGGGUUUCUCUGAGAAGUUCCCCGGAAUCGUUCCUCAUUUGCUCACAUUGGAGGGCCAGUUCUUCUUCCCGCUCCAUCGAGAAUUGGUUCUGGCUUGCGGCCUCAGCUCGGUGUCGAGGGAAUCGAUCAUCAACCUCUUGAACUACAAGGGCAAAGGGAACGCGGCCAUCAUCGUGAUCGGAGGAGCACAAGAAGCCUUGGACGCGGUUCCUGAAACGUAUCGCUUAAAUCUGAACUCUCGCCGAGGCUUUGUUCGCAUGGCGAUUCAGAAUGGCGCUCAACUCGUCCCGGUGUUCUCGUUUGGUGAGAACGACAUCUUCUACCAAAGCCCCAGCGACUCUGAGUCGACCGUGCGCAAGAUCCAAGUAGCCUUAACUAGAAUGCUGGGAUUUUCACCUCCAAUUUUCCACGGACGCGGCGUUUUCCAGUACACGUGGGGCUUCAUACCGUUCCGGAAACCGAUAUAUACGGUGAUCGGUGCUCCGAUCCAUGUGAAGAAGAACGCCGACCCAUCGAUCGAGGAAAUCCAGGACUUACACAAAAAGUACAUCCAAGCACUACGAAGUCUCUUCGAGACUCACAAGAAAUCUUUCGGAGCGGAGAACAUCGACCUAGAGAUUCAUUAGACUCGGAAUCUAAUGAUCCGGGAUGCGCUUCCAUCGAGGACUCAAUCCUUGAUGGCGGAACUGAGGAGCAUGUCCGAAGAAAUUUUUUAACCUUUAUGUAAAUAAAUAACUUGACGGUGAAAUU